AUGGUGACUCACAGAGGCAUUGAGGCUAACCCUGACCAAAUAAAAGUCAUCCAUAACUUGCAGCCUCCUCGGAACCCUAAAGAAGUCCAGAAGCUUACUGGUAUGAUAGCAGCUUUAAACCGUUUCAUCUCGCGCUCAGCAGAUAGAUGCAGGCCAUUUUUUCUCCUAUUACACAAGUGGAAAGGAUUUGAGUGGAAUGAGGAAUGCGCUAUAGCUUUCCAACAGCUAAAGGAAUACCUCGCCCAACCACCGAUUAUGUCCAGCCCCGAGGCCGACGAGGUUUUGUUUGCCUACAUAGCGGUGGCCCCGCAUGCAAUAAGCUUGGUGCUAAUCCGAGAAGACAACGGCACACAGCGACCAGUCUAUUACGUAAGCAAAUCCCUUCAGGAGGCAGAAACCCGUUACCUUCCCCUCAAAAAGGCUAUCUUGGCCAUCGUACAAGCCACAAGAAAGCUGCCCCACUACUUUCAAGCACACACUGUUGUGGUGUUAACUCAACUCCCUUUAAAGUCCAUCCUAUACAGCGCCGAUUACACAAGUAGAAUUGCAAAAUGGGGAACAAUUUUGGGCACCUUUGACAUUAAAUACAUGCCUCGCACCGCUGUAAAGGGCCAGGUCCUCGCCGACCUAGUGGCAGAAUUUGCGGAGCCUGCAACGGAAGGAAAGGAAGUGUCGGUCUUACUGGGGGCUGGUGAGCGGGUGAGCAGCACAGUUUCCCCGCGUGGACUCACUUGGUGGAAAGCAUACAUUGAUGGCGCAUCGAACCAAAGGGGCUCAGGGUUAGGACUUGUCCUGCUUUCACCUGAAGGGAUAACCAUAGAGAAGUCAUUGAGACUCGGUUUUUCAGCCACGAAUAACGAAGCCGAAUAUGAGGCGCUAUUGGAGGGAAUGGGAAUGAUCCGGAAAAUGGGGGGGAAAUCCGUAAACAUGUUCUCGGAUUCAAGACUUAUUGUGGGGCAGGUAAAUGGAGACAUGGAGGCAAAGAAUGAAAGAAUGCAAGAGUAUCUAGUUCGGGUUAAGCACCUGCAGACCCAAUUUCAUCACUUCCGCUUGACGCACAUACCCAGAAGUGGGAACACUCAUACUGAUUCUCUCGCGACGUUGGCUACCUCCUCGACUCAACCCCUACCUCGAGUCAUUCUGGUAGAAGAGAUCCUCCGUCCACUAACAGAGAAGGCCAAUGGGAUUGGAAUACAUAACAUCAGGGCAGGGCCGAGCUGGAUGGACCCUAUCGUUCUGUACUUAAAGCAUGACACCUUGCCAGGUGAUAAGGUUGAGGCUGGCAAAAUCAAGAGAAAAGCUACUCGAUUCUGGUUGUUGGAGGACUCCAAGCUUUACAGACGCUCGUUCUCAGGGCCGUAUUUGGUGUGUGUGCACCCAGAGGCUGCAGAACUCAUCCUGGAAGAGUUAUACGAAGGAAUUUGCAGAAGUCACAGGGGGGUAGGUCUCUGUCUCACAGAGCCUUAA